CGGAAACAGAUCAUAGUGAUCACAGCAAAUUGUUAUCAUAACCGAUUUGGUGAAAUAAAAAGGGGAAUGGCAACAUCGGACUGGUAUCUCUCGUUGAAGCUGGUUGAUCAGCCCAAAUCGGUUUUCCAAUUCCCUGAAGCAGAACCCGGAGAUGUACCACCGGGUGGCUAUCGAAUCGCUACACUGAAGCAACUUGUCGCUGCACAAUUAUCCGAUACACUACCCGAUCCUGAACUUAUAGAGUUUGUGCACUGCGGCCGUAAACUGAAGGAUGAGCAGACUCUGGAGUCGUAUGGCAUCCAGUCUGGUUCGACCCUGCACAUCCUGAGGAAGACCUGGUCUGAGCCUGCAGCUAACGCAGAGCCGGUGAACAAGGCCACUGCCGCCAGAGAGUUCCGUCUGCUCCAGGCGGCCCUGCACUCCAAUGCUGUCUACAGAGACUCCGUGUUUAAGAUGCUGGCCAGUAAAGAGUCCCUGGACCAGAUCAUUGUGGCCACACCUGGACUCAGCUCAGAUGCAGUGGCGCUGGGUGUGCUCAAGGACAAGGAUCUUUUCGUGCAGUUUACAGAUCCAGGCAUGCUUGACAUGUUGGCACAGUCUCACCCUGCGCUGGUGAAUGCCAUCAUCCUGGUCCUGCACUCUGUGGCGGGCAGCAUGCCAGCGCAGGCCAGCGGCAGCAGCUCCAGCCGCAACAACACCGCCAGCUCCUACAGCGACAUGCCAGGCGGCUUCCUGUUUGAAGGCAUGUCUGAGGAUGAAGAUGACUUUCAGUCGGGCAGCCAGGCGGGCGGCUCCAGGAGGCAGGGGGCAUCGUCAGGGAACCGUCCCGCCAGUCUGGGCCACAGCGGUGCCACGGGGCCGCGGCCCAUCACCCAGGCAGAGCUGGCCACAGCACUCGCCCUCGCCAGCACCCCAGAGAGCAGCGCCGCCACGCCCACCACCGGCCACCAGUCAGAGGUCUCGUCUGGUGGGACGUCUCGGACAGCAGGCACACCUGUGACCUCUGACCUGUUCAACCAGGCUCUACAGCAGGCCCUACAAGCCUCCACCACACCCUCCCCAGCACCACAGCCUGGCCGUUGGCAGUCCCAGAUGCAGCAGUUGCGGGACAUGGGCAUCCAGGACGAGGACCUCAUGCUACGGGCGCUACAGGCCACCAACGGAGACAUCCAGUCCGCCCUGGAGCUCAUCUUCGCUGGGGGAGCCGGCCUGUGAGGGCCCCUGCGCUCCAGUGGACGUGCGGGGA